AUGGACUCCUGGGGUGAAGUCAACGACGCCCUUCAGGAUGUCACCAACAAACCUGAUGAGCCCGUCGCCGACAACCACGACGACGACGAUGAGCAGAUGCCUGCCGAGGUCGACAAGCCAGCUCGGAAUCCUCGCGAUGCGGGAUGGACUGAGCCCGUCCCGUUUCGCUAUGAAACCUGGACUAACAAGGACUUCACUGGCUGGGCGAGCGCGGCGGCUCGAUAUGAGUGGAAGGACGAAUACGGUGAUGUUGGCCCUCGCAAUGACGAGUUGGAGAAGCAGCUGUUCGGCGGUGAAUUCAUGUCUCGAGCGGGCCAUCGCUUUGAGGACCUAAAGCAGUCUCGCGAGCCGGAACCAUACUCCGUCAGUAUCGAGAGUGAGCUCAAGCUCCAGGCUAUUGCAACGUUCGACGACGCCGGCCUCCACCCAGUUCUGCGGCAAAACCUUGAACUCUGCAUGUACGUAUGGCCAACGGCCAUUCAGUGCUACACUAUCCCGGCCCUCAAAGAAGGGCGCGAUGUCAUUGGUAUCGCCCAAACUGGAUCGGGAAAAACCGGUGCCUUUCUCAUUCCCAUUCUCUCCAAGCUCAUGGGAAAAGCCAAGAAGUUGGCCGCCGCUCGACCCAACAUUGCAGAAGGUUGGAAUCCAAAGGAGCAUGCAGUGACAGCAGAACCGCUGGUCCUGAUCGUUUGCCCGACUCGAGAGCUCGCAAAUCAGAUAUUUGAUGACGCACGGAGACUAUGCUAUCGCUCCAUGCUCCGUCCUUGUGUCGUUUACGGCGGUGCUCCAGGUGGCCUCCAGCGAGAGGAGCUUCAGAAGGGAUGUGACAUCCUCAUCGGUACCCCCGGGCGUAUCCUGGAUUUCAUGCGUCAGCCCCGGGUGCUGUCUUUGCGCCGUGUCCGAUACACCGUCAUCGACGAAGCCGAUGAGCUUCUACAAGCCGACUGGGAGGCAGAUUUCAACAAGCUUAUGGCUGGAGGCGACCUGAACGAAGAUUCUGAUCACCGUUAUCUCAUGUUCUCGGCCUCUUUCAACAAAGAUUGCCGGAAGUUGGCUGCAAAAUUCCUGAGCAAGGAUUAUGUUCGAAUUCGAAUCUCUCGCCCAGGCAGUGUCGUCCAGCACAUUCAUCAAGAGGUCCUCUGGGUUGACGGUCACAGGAAGAAGGAGGCUCUAUACGACCUCCUUGUGGAUUUGAGGCCCACUCGAACGCUAAUUUUCGUGAACAGCAAGAAAGACGUUGAUUUUAUCGAUGACUACUUGUUCAAUCACGGGCUUCCCACCACUUCGAUGCACGGCGAUCGUCUUCAACAAGAGCGAGAAGAUGCUAUUCGUUCGUUCCGAACUGCCCAAUGUCCGAUUAUGAUCACCACCGGCGUCUCUGCUCGUGGCCUGGACAUUGUGAAUAUCAUGCAUGUGAUCAACUUCGACCUUCCCCGUGCCGCUCAGGGUGGCAUUACGGAGUACAUGCAUCGUAUCGGUCGAACUGCGCGCAUCGGCAACGAGGGACUGGCGACCUCUUUCUACAAUGACCGUGAUGAAGAGUUGGCACCGGACCUUGUCAAAUUGCUGAUGGAGAGCAAUCAGCCCAUUCCCGAGUUCCUCGAAUCAUUCCGGCCCUCCGAGGCAAAAUUGAGCUUUGACGAUGAUACCACGGAUAGCGAAGCUGAGGAUGCCAAGGAAGAUAACAACGGUGCCUGGGCUCCUGACAGUGAUGACGAUGAGAAAGGUGACAACAACAACGAGGGUGAUGAUGCUCCAUGGGGCUAG